AUCAACAUCACUGGUCGUCUCUCCACGUGUACCGGAAAAUGAAUGAAGAUCCUUAAAAACACGCCGGAGUGAAACCGAGCCACCAUUGUUUUUUUCCAAAUCUGCCAGAGUCCGUACCAUGUCCACCAUGCCUCCACAAUUUCCCUUGGAGAUCCGCUCAGCUCUUCGCCGGGCUUCCUCCACCGUCUAUCUCCACCGUUCCAUCAGCACCGUCACUACUACUCCUUCGUUUCGUCACCGAACGACGUUGUUACGACCGAGAGCUUUCUCUUCUUCCUCUGUUAAGCUCCCCACGAAACCUUCUCUUUGCACCGCCGACGAGCUUCAUUACGUCUCCGUUCCUAACACCGAUUGGCGUCUCGCUCUCUGGCGCUACUUGCCUCCUCCUCAGGCUCCGACGAGGAAUCAUCCAUUGUUACUGUUGUCUGGAGUAGGAACUAAUGCCAUCGGAUAUGAUUUAUCUCCUGGUUGCUCUUUUGCAAGGCAUAUGUCUGGACAGGGAUUUGAGACUUGGAUUCUCGAGGUUCGUGGAGCUGGAUUGAGUACACGAGUAUCUGAUCUUAAGGACGUUGAGGAAUCUGCUCAUGAAUUGUCGAAUCAGAUAGAAUCUACUGCUAGAGCUGCUGCAGGUAAAGAAACUUGUUCUGAUGAAAAGCAGACUACUGAUAUUAUGGACAGUAGUGCACCUGCACCAGCGUCGGAUGUUUCAGUUGUUGGCGAAGCAUCGGCUUGGGACGAGUCACAGCUUGUGGCGAGAUUGACAUCAACUUUCAUGAGUUUGUCAGAAAGACUUUCUGGCUUUCUCAGUGAAGGUCAGUCUGUGUUCAUGUCUGCUAAGUUGUUUGACAAAAUUGCAAUGCUUGUAGAUGAUACACAGCUGUACGAGCGCUUUAAUGAUAUAAGAUCGAAGCUUUUGAGUUUGAUAGAGUCAAAGCAAAACUCAGGACUUGUUAACCAAGUCAGAGAUUUGGCUCAGCGCCUUGUGAAUCUUUUCGACGAUGGUCAAAGGUCUGUCUCGCCUCCGCUGAUUGAUUUACAAGAGCGCCUCACUGCGACCAUAGAAGAUUUUCAGAAGCAACUGGAUUUGAUAGUUAAAUAUGACUGGGAUUUUGAUCACUACCUGGAAGAGGAUGUCCCUGCUGCGAUUGAGUAUGUAAGAGCACAAAGCAAGCCCAAGGACGGCAAACUAUUCGCAAUUGGGCACUCCAUGGGGGGUAUCCUACUCUAUGCAAUGCUAUCACGUUGUGCUUUUGAAGGACGAGAACCUUCCGUGGCAGCUGUGGCAACUCUGGCAUCAUCGGUUGAUUACACAACCUCAAAUUCUGCACUCAAAUUGCUCAUACCUCUUGCCAAUCCUGCAGAAGCUCUGAGUGUUCCAGUUGUUCCUCUGGGUGCUUUGUUGGCUGCCGCUUUUCCUCUUUCGACACGUCCUCCAUAUGUAUUAUCUUGGCUUAAUGAUUUGAUAUCAUCAACAGAUAUGAUGCACCCUGAAAUGUUAGAAAAGCUUGUCUUGAAUAACUUCUGUAAGUAAAAACAGUUGAUCCCAUUUAAGUAUGUGAGUUCUUAAUGUAUUUUAAGUGGAAAAGAAACGUAUCUUCAUUAAGAAAAAGAAAAUGCUGGAACAGUUACUAUUAGAUGCUUGAAUGUACCAUGACUUUUUUUGCAAUCCGUAAUUGCUCCCUUUAUGGUGAUUUUCAAGAGUUUCUUUGUUUUCUUACAUCUAGGUACCAUACCUGCAAAACUACUUAUUCAGCUGACAACGGCCUUUCGAGAGGGAGGCUUACGUGAUCGUAGUGGUAAAUUUUACUAUAAGGAUCAUCUUCCCAGAACCAGUGUCCCUGUCUUAGCUCUUGCAGGUGAUCGGGACUUGAUCUGCCCCCCUGCGGCUGUGGAAGACACUGUUAAGCUGUUUCCGGAGAACUUGGUCACUUAUAAGUUACUUGGAGAACCAGAUGGACCACAUUAUGCACACUAUGAUUUGGUUGGAGGACGACUGGCAGUGGAGCAAGUCUAUCCUUGCAUAACUGAAUUUCUUAGCCACCAUGAUUCCGCAUAAGUGAAACAUUUCGGGAGUUUCUGUUCCUUGCAUGCUAUAGCACAUGUAGAUUGUAGACGUCGCACUAAGGUGGUGUCGAAGAAGUGUGUUUCAGAAGCGCCUGUUAAAAAGGAUGCCAUUUCCGUUUAAGACACGUACAUUUAGUAUCUGGGCAAACUGUACAUGAGCUUAGGAUGCAGUUUUUUCAAGUCAUACACCUGUAAAUUAGGAAAAGCAUCGAAUGAGAUGCUGGAAGCUCUUGUCUACUGUGAUGAUUUCCCUUGUUUUGUUAUGGCAACGAGCUUUUUAUUUGAACAUUUAUCUUUAGAAGAACUGGUGUGUUCUCUUGUACUGCUUUGCUUCUUUUGGAGGACUUGAGUUAUCCAUGAGAGCAAUUGUAUAGACAUGGAUUUAUGUGUACAUUUUCUGUCUUAGAUCCAUUAAUGACACAGCCCUACUUCUCAGAUAAUGUGUGGGAUACAUGAUGUAAUGAUAGAUCUGAAUUGUCUAGUAUUAAACAACAGAGCUCUCUUUCAUGAAAG